AUGCCUAAACCACAUAAUUUUAGAGAAUUUUUUACAUUAGUUGAUAAUCCGACUAAUAAAACAAAUGCAAAAGCAGUAUGUAAUUUUUGUGCACUUAAAAAUGAUAGAACUCUAGUAGCAGCGCUUAUACCUGAGUGUUAUAUGACAAAUAAAGCUAUUUUGUGUCGAG